AUGGCUGUCGACCAGGAGAACUUUGUCCACCUCACCAGGCCGCUUGCGCCCACCCUCCUGGGCUUCGGUGCCGGUAGUGCCCCGCUUACCGUCAACAUCCAGCCCCAAUCUGUCUUCUCCAUCAUCGACCAUGCCGUCCGCCGCGAUAUCAACGGCUCCAACUCGAACCGCGUAAUCGGCGCCCUCGUUGGCACCCGCAGCGAAGAUGGAAGCGAGGUCGAGGUCCGCUCUGCUUUCGCCAUCCCCCACGUCGAGACCGACGACCAAGUCGAAGUCGAUGUCGAUUACCAAAAGAACAUGCUCGCUUUGACCCUCAAGGCCGCCCCCCGCGAGCAGCUUCUCGGCUGGUACACCACCUCCCACGAGCUCAACUCCUUCUCGGCCCUUAUCCAAAACUUCUUCGCCUCCCCAGAGACCGGCACCUUCCCCCACCCCGCCGUCCACCUCACCAUCUCUUCCGACGCCGGCAGCGCCAUCUCCACAAAGACGUACGUCUCCGCUCCGGUGACGGUUGUCUCUGAGCGCGCCGCCGAUACCUGUCUCUUCAUUGAGGUUCCUCACAAGCUGUUGAUCGCCGACUCGGACCGCUCUGCCCUGAGCACCGUCUCCUCGGCCGCCCACACCGAAGCUCGCGCCGCCCCUGUUGUCUCGGAUAUUGAGAACCUCGCUCAAUCGCUCGAGGUUGUCUCUGACCUGUUGGAGCGUGUUUCCGGAUUCGUCGGUGAGGUCCUCGACGAGGAGCGUGACGGCUCCCACGCCCUCGGGCAGUAUCUUAUGAACGCCUUGUCUCUUGCGCCCAAGGUGUCCAACCUCCAGAUCGAGAACGACUUCAACAGCCACAUCCAGGACGUCCUCAUGGUCAGCUACCUGGCCAACACGAUCCGCACCCAGAUCGACCUGUCGCAGCGUCUUGCCACAGCCACCAUUGUCGGAUUUGGCGGCGAGGCCGGUGAGAAGAAGGAGGGCGAGGAGGGCGAGAAGAAGGAGGGCCGUGAGGGCGGCGGCGGCGGUCGCGGAAGGGGAGGGAAGCGUGGUGGUCGUGGCGGUGGUCGUGGUGGAAAUCAACAAAGGGAACCGAGGGAGCCCCGGGAGAAUGGCGAGUAG